AAAGAAAAAAAGAAAAAGAAAACGAUCCCAAUCCCAAUCCCAAUCCCAGUCCCCCGGCCGCCUGCUUUUAGUUAUAAGUUUCAACCAUGUAUGUGUGUAUAUAUAGGGCGGUGUGGCGAUACAUGUGGAGAAGAAAGGAAAGAAAAGUAUGGCGCCAGUGGGUCUGCCUCCAGGGUUCAGGUUUCACCCGACGGACGAGGAGCUGGUGAACUACUACCUGAAGAGGAAAAUCAGCGGGCAAGAAAUAGAGCUGGAUAUAAUCCCGGAGGUGGACCUGUACAAAUGCGAGCCUUGGGAGCUGUCGGACAAGUCGUUUCUGCCCAGUAGAGACCCGGAGUGGUACUUCUUCGGCCCACGAGACAGAAAGUAUCCCAACGGCUUCAGAACCAACAGGGCCACCAGAGCCGGCUACUGGAAAUCAACCGGAAAGGACCGCCGGGUCACCUCACAGAACCGCCCCAUUGGGAUGAAGAAGACCCUCGUUUACUACAGGGGCCGAGCCCCCCAGGGCAUCAGGACCGACUGGGUCAUGCAUGAAUAUCGCCUCCACGACAACGACUACUGCGACAGCGACACCUCCGCCAUCCAGGAUUCUUACGCCUUGUGUAGAGUAUUCAAGAAAAAUGGAAUAUGUUCGGAAGUGGAAGAAGCAGGAGGACAGAGCAGCAGCAGCGGCUUGUCGUUCAUGGACAACUCAACGUCACAAACUUUGAUGAAUCAUGACUACGAGACUCUGUCACCGGAUGUUCUGAUGGCGGCUUCGUCUUCUUGUGUGGAGGAGGAAGAGAAGGACGAUUCCUGGAUGCAGUUCAUUACAGAAGAUGCAUGGUGCGCUUCCAAUUCAUCACCCAUCGCCGGCGCCGGCGCCGGCCUCGAUGACCUCUCUCAUCUGACUUUCACCAAUUUAUCAUAAGCCAUAUUGGUUACCACUAAUAAUUUAUAGAUUUAAUGGAUGGUAUAUUUUUUUUUCUACUUUAAUAAUUAAAUACGAACCACGUCAUCAUCAUCAUCAUGUGAAAGGGCGAGCAAAAUUUUUAAGGAUGGUCAGAUUUGUCUGUCUGUAGAUUAUGUAUUUUGGAUUCCGGGUUUGGGUUUGGUUGGUGACUUCUUCUUUAAUGUAGCCGUAGGGUCACUCAAAUUAAUCAAGUAGAACAACAAGACUCUAUGGAAUAUAUUUUGGUUUCACCUUUUUCUCGGUGAAUUAUAUCUCA